CUCUCUCUCUGUCUCUCAUUUGAUCCCAUCCCUCGCUCCCUGCACCACAGAAAGCGUAGGCUGAGAGAAGAGUCUGGGAGAAAUCCACAAGCUCAAAGGAAGGACGGCAAGUGGAAGAGCAAGGGAGCCAGAAUCAGCGAUGGCACCCGCGUCACUGUCCUGGUGUUACGGCGCAGCUUUGGCACUGAUCUGUGGCUCUCCUCUGGUCCACUCGGCUUUGGCGCCUGAGAACGAGGUGCCACUUCGCUCGACUACAUGGUUACCAGAAGGAAAGAUCACCUCUGUAACUCUUCCUAAGGGACGAACUCGCAGGUUGUACUUUACGCUGAGGAAGAAGGCCUCGGGGAUGUCGGUGACUGUCAGCCCCUGCGACCUCCCCAUUGAAUGGAGCUUGGCCGCUUGCACCCUGAAAGACAAACCAGUCAAAAACCUGCAGUGGAGCAGCAAAAAGAGCAUGCCUGAGGUGUGGUGGCGGGGUCCUGGCACGGAGGAGAAAAUCCACAGCUUCACCGGCGAUGCAGCGGACACCUACAGUGGUUCUCCCCAUCCACACGCUUCCAUCUACAUCCUGAGGCUCCGCUCCAAACAGCAAAGCACGAGAGCUACUUUAUUUCUCCACGAAGGCCAGGGAUCAUCAGGCAUCUUCCCUCUGCUCCCAGCUGACCCGCGAGUUCACACACUGGGCGUAGGCAUGACCAGUGUCAGCCUCAGCUGGGCACCCAGUGCCUCCAUAACCAGCCUCCCACGAGAGGAGAACAAUUAUGAAUACUGUGUGCUCGUCAACUCUCUGCGGAACUACCCCAGCCUCUGCGCCGUAAGAGAGGGCACGGAGAGGGAGAAAGAUCACCAACAAGACAAGAAGGAAACGAACAGGAAAGAGGCGGCAUGGCCAGUUUUAAAGGACUGGUGGUGGGAGCAGUGGGACACUUAUCCUGAAGCGCAACAUCUGCCCUCGUCCUUUCCCGUUGAGGAUGUUCAGUGUGUGUGUCAGGGGACGGAGAGCGUUUGCACCAUCUCCGAGCUCCUGCCCGACUCUCCUUAUUACUUUGACGUUUUUGUGAUUGACAGGUUGAACGGGACCAGCGCGGCAUACAAAGGCACAUCUGCUCGGACACACGAGGAGGCUCGGCGUGCGAUCACACCACUGAGAGAAGGAGAGCUGAGGUGGGUGACCUUUAAAAAUGGAGGCUCAAAGUCAAACUCGGAGCAGUUCUUCAGUUUUCGUCCUCGCGGUUGGCAGCAGAGUGGCCUCCUCACUUUACAGAGCUGCGGCAAAGGCGACAUGCUCAAGGUCACCGUGUCUAGUAAGGGACAGGUUUUGACCUCUCAGGGAGUGGGGCCAGAUUUAGCACACAUUUGGCUUCAGGGGAGUCCUUCAUAUCUCAUCCACCUGCAGAGAGAAGGAACUUCCGCAGGCCAAAUCCCUACAGUAAUAGACCACGCUCUGCCUGGAGGUUUGACGGCUUCAGUCAAAAUGCAGAUUUCCUCAGCCUACCACCGCAGAGAGGUCCCAUCUCUGCCUUCCACCUUGCAGAUAAAAUCCUUCAACAGAUUGCGUGGUUGCAACAGCGUCACCCUCGCCUGGAUGGGUACAGAGGAAAGAAGUCUGUACUGUGUGUACCGCAGAAGGCUUGGGAACCAGGAGGCAGAAACUGGGGGGGUAUCAGCUCUAACAGCGCCCUGUCUGGGCCCGGAGUCACGUUCUGACACCGAGAGGGUUCUCUGCAAGUAUUUCCAAGAGCUGAAUCCUCGACGGGCCGUCACCACAGCUGUGAUCGGGGGCCUAGAGCCAGGAAUGGCCUAUGUGUUUGAUGUCUAUCUAAUGAGACGCUGGGGGAUCCCUAUCAAAUAUGCCAGCAAGAUGGUGAAGACCAGAAAGGAAUGCUGA